AUCAUUGAAAAUUGCAUUUUCACCAUAUUGGCCUGCACAUGGAGUCUCCAGCAUCUCAACAUCCCAAAUUUAGACGACAAAUUCUGGUCGAAGAUAUUGCGCAAGUGCAAGUGGGCGGUGCUGACGAUCUUCUUCCCGGAGUUCCUUAUGGCUCACGCAAUCUUUGAGUUCGUAAAGCCUGAUGAUACGUUUGAAUGGAAGUUGACGCACUCCUACUACGCAAAUAUGGGUGGUUUUCGCCUGUAUACCAGGGAGGAUCCUCCAAAAACUCUGACUCUGACUACAUUUCACCUUUCCAAAUGCUGGAGAAGCAUUACAAAGCCUCAACUCUCCGAGGAAGAAAUCAAGGACAAGAUUAAAGCCAACUUCUUCACAAAGGCCGUGGCUCUAGUUCAGAUCUCGUCAUUACUACUUUCGAUCUUAGUCCGAGUCAGAAGAGGCCUGGCUUUUUCCCAGCUUGAGCUGAUCACAUUAGCCUUUGCGAUAUGCGGCAUCCUUACCUACGUCUCUCGGUGGUACAAGCCGCAGGACAUA